UAGAGAACAUACUUAAGCUUGAGGUCAGCCAUUGUUUAAAGUGAACACAAAACUUUUGUUUUGCAAACUUUUUCUUUUACCGCUGGCAGUGGCGAGUAAUUCUGUUAAAGAUCAAAAGUAAUGCACGGUAAUUGACAGGAAACAAAUAACGAGUUGGUCAAUACCCCUAUAUCGGCACAGGGUGGCUCCAAAAGAUCAGUAAAGAUGUAAAACGUAAUAAAGUCUUAUUUUUUCUUUUAUUGAGAGUUUUGUCUAAAUCGCGUGUGCUGUAGGUGUUUGACCAGGACAAAUAUACAAACAAGCAAGGACUAGCAUCAGCCAUGGAGGUGACGCGCAUCGCUUGUUGAAACGAGGAUUUCUGGGAAUGUCGGAGACGAAUUUGGGGGGGCCGCUGUUUGGGGAGGCCCCUGACAUUCUAGCCAGAGUGGACAAGGAUGCCAAGGUGAGCAAGAAGCGGAGGACGGGCUCCAUCAGCCGAGCCUUCAGCUGGCUGAAAGGGAAGAAGAAGAAAAGAAGCAGCACCAGCAGCGCAGGAUCCGGAGGAGGGAGUAAGAAAGGAGGGCACCCCAAGAGCAAAGAGCAGCGCGGAGACUCGGCCAACCAAGCGAUUUCCAAGCCCGACGAUGACAGUCAGCUGACUGUGCACUACAAGGCAGUCCAGCACUACCAGGAGAAUGUGUUCCUCCCAGGAAACCGGCCACAGUACCUGGAGGAUCUGCACAGCGAGGCCCAGGAGGGGCUCAAGUCCCUGCAGCAGCAAGAAAACCAGAGUGGGAAUGGAUUGGAUCACUGUGACGACCAGAGCGUCAAAUCUUCCAGGACCUUGCAGCCAGAAGAUGAAGGCAUGUUCCGAGACAGGGCCAGGUCCGUGGCUUCAGAAAGCACUCGGGCAGACACAAUGUCACUGCGAUCAGAGCUGGUGCGGACAGGCUCAACUUUCAAACCACCCCAGACCACCAAGAACAGACCAGCAAAAGAGAAGAGAAGCAGAAGAACGACAAUCAUGGGAAUACCGCAACACGUCCAGAAAGAACUGGGGAUAGAGAAAGGCAGGGACAGCAAGAGGCACAAAGCACACAAGAAAGCAGAUGUUGCAGAUCCUGCCCAGCUUGUUAACGGAGCGGAGGACGUUGUGGUUGUGCCUACCGUAGACGGAGAGGUCCAGCAGAAACAUCACAAGGGAGCCAGGGUCCACCUUCAGGCCAUUGAAGCCAUGCACCUGUCAAAGGAAGAGAAAACCGAUCGGAUGCUGAAGCAUCACAUACGGACUGUUUAUAAGGACGACUCCGUCUUGGAUCAUAGCGUUGCCCCCAGGGUAUCUCCGAUGCAAAGACCCAAGUCGCUGGCUGUCCCAGGAAUGACCACACACAGCUACAACGAACCACACAGUCCUGUGAUGUCCAUGUCGCCCCAGGCCACAUACUUGUCCAAGAUCAUCCCCAACGCCAUACUGCCUUCUUCUGUGGAGGUCAUCGAGAUUAGCCGGAGCAAGAGCAGGAACAGCGUCCGCACAGUGAGCAAAAGCAGCCUGGUAUCCGCCAGCCCGGCUUCGACCCGCUCCAGCCUCCGCUUUUACAACUUCAACAACAGCGAUCUGUCCUCCUCCUCCAGCUCCAACUGGAGCCACUCCCAGUCUUCAGAGACCAUCGUGUCCAACAGCUCAACCCUCUCCUCUGGAGGGACCAAGACUCCAAAUGGAGAAGAAGGGAAGGAAGUCCACAGGCUGGCUCCUGAUAAGAUGAGCAUCAACAGCUGGAUGAGCGCUUCAUCGGGGAUGCCCCAGAAUGCCAACGGUUUCAUGAUGGUGAAGCAAAGGGGCGAUGGGAAAAACGCGUCUCCCGCACCCAGCACGGGUAGCGCGGUGGAGGGAUCGGACACCAUGAGCAUCCAGAGCGACAUGUCCUUCAACAGGAACUUAUCAGUCACAAAGAUGAAGAGGCCACCAGCUCCUCCAAGGAGAACCUACUCCCUGCACCACAAGAACAAACAGAGGGAUCUGCAGGGCAAGGCAGUCACAGAGUCUCAGGAAAACCAGUCCCCACUCAGCGAAACUAGCAGCGUCCGCUCGGACAGGCUAGCCUACUCUGCUGACUACAGUUCCCCAGAUGUAUCUCGGUGUUCUGCGGCCGCAAGCCCACUGACGGCUGAGCAGAUGGAGGCUAGAGAGGCCAUGCUGAAGGAGCAGCAGGCCUCCAGCGACGUCUCGCCCCAGAAACUUCCCUUCCCGGGGAACAAAUUUGAGAGGACCAUGUCGCCAUCCAGCGGUUACUCCAGCCAAAGUGGCACCCCGACUUUCUCGCCCAAAGGGGAGAUCAGUUACCCCUCCUUGGCAGGAAGGAAGCAAGCCCAGCCGGUGAAACCAGAGAGGUCCUGUUCUCGCUCUUCUUCUCGGACGUCUUUGUCAUCUUCAGUGUCGGAGCCUGUUCAGCACGAGACUCUGCUCGCAGUUUCUCCACUGGCCCAACCACCUGCUAACCCCCUGCCUACGAAGCUAAAACCUGCCUCGCCAGUACCCCGGGUGAGUGAAUCAGUACCUCCAGCCCUUGCUGCCGUCGAAUACGAUGAGGUGUUUGUCAUACCACCACCCCCGAAAGUACAUGCACCUUCCCCUCCUCCCCCAGAAACGUGGAUGCUCAAUAAACGCACCUUUGAUUCACUGCGCUCUUCCACUAGUCAGCUCGCUACCUCCGGGGACGUCCAGCAGCAGCUGAAGAAAGAGCCUGCCCCAGCACAGAAGGAGGAGACCCCCCCUGUGCUGAAGACGGUGGAGCCACCAGUGCAGACGGAGACACUGAUAGUCAAAAAGGAGGUGCCACCAGUAUUCAAGAAGGGGUUCAAACCAAUACAGCAUGAAACUCAACCUAUAGUCAAAAAGGAGGUUCCACCAGUAUUCAAAAAAGAGUAUAAACCAGCAUGCGUGGAUUCUCUGUUUAUAAUCAAAAAAGAGGUACUGCCAGUAUUCAAGAUGCAGACUCCACCUGUGAUAAAGAAGGAGGUGCCACCAGAACAGACGGAAACUCACCCAAUACUCAAAAAGGAGACGCCGCUUAUAGUCAAGAAAGAGCCUCCACCAGUGCAGAAGAAGGAGACUCCGCCUAUUGUCAAGAAGGAGACUCCGCCUAUUGUCAAGAAGGAGACUCCCCCUAUUGUCAAGAAGGAGACUCCCCCUAUUGUCAAGAAGGAGACUCCGCCUAUUGUCCAGAAGGAGACUCCGCCUAUUGUCCAGAAGGAGACUCCGCCUAUUGUCCAGAAGGAGACUCCGCCUAUUGUCCAGAAGGAGACUCCGCCUAUUGUCAAGAAGGAGACUCCGCCUAUUGUCAAGAAGGAGACUCCGCCUAUUGUCAAGAAGGAGACUCCGCCUAUUGUCCAGAAGGAGACUCCCGCUAUUGUCCAGAAGGAGACUCCCCCUAUUGUCCAGAAGGAGACUCUGCCUAUUGUCCAGAAGGAGACUCCACCAGUCUUCAAGAAGGAAACUCUGCCAAUAGUCAAGAGUGAGACUCCACCUCUAAUCAAAAAGGAGGUUCCACCAGUGUUUAAAGAAACCAUACCAGUGCAGGAGAUCCCACUAUUGGUGAAAAAGGAGAGUCCACCCAUAAUCAAGAGAGAGAUUCAACCUGAAGUCAAAGAGGAUGUUCAUCCAGUCCUCAAGAACGAGACUCCACCAGUGCAGAGGAAAGAGGUGCUGCCAGAACAAAACGUAGUGCAGGAUGUGGAGCCGAUACCAGCUGUGCAGGCAUCACCUUCACCUCCUCCUUCUCCUCCACCCGCCCACCUCCCUCCUCCUCCACCCACCAAGAAGACCCCUUCAGAGUCUUCAGCUUCAUCUCCCCCACCCCUUCCGGAUCCUGAAGUCUGCCAGGUUUUGCCGGCAGCAGAACCUUUGUGGCCUCCUCCACCUCCUUCUCUGGAGGAGCCUGUGCUCUUCUUCACCUCCCAGGAAGAGUCUGACUUUUCCUUCCCACCACCGCCGCCUCCUGUGGAUCACAUCUCCCAGACAUCAAUAGAAACUUUGUCAACGGUGGAGCUACCAGCGAAAUCAGCAGGUUCAGAAGUGGUCCCGACCCCACCUCCGGAGAACUCAUCUGAAUCCACAGCCAUUUUAGUGACUGUAGUAGGGUCUUCUGAAACCACAAAACCAACAUUCCAACUACAAAAAGCUCAAGAGAUUCCAGCUGCUCCUCCUUUGCCGAUGUCCAACGGCAAACCCAAAGAGUCUGUUGCAACAUCUGGGAGUCCGUCUUUGUCCAUCACAGCACAACCCACUCCGCAAAAGCCACCGGAAGCCCCCUGCCCUCCUCCUGCACCACCCCUUGUGAACAUCAAAAGGCAACAGAGCCUGAUAAACCAGGAGGUUAAGGCUAAAGAGCCACUCUCCAGGACCAAAAGCACACCUGCCCCCAAAGAAGAAGCCAGCAUUCCCUUGGUCACACCUUCCCUCCUCCAGAUGGUACGGCUCAGAUCCGUGAACGUUGGCAGCUACCAGCCGGAUGAACAGCCCAAGAGUCCAGUUGAGGAAAAUAAGCCAAGUCCGGUGAACGGAACCACCGUGAGUCAGACCGUGCCGCAGAAACCUGUCCGCAAAUCUCUGUCAUUCAAAUCUCCACCUGGAACAUCAUCAGCUUUGCCUUCGAUGAAGCUUCAGGAGGCCAUCCGCAUGAAGACUGCGGCCAUGUCCUCCAAGGACAUGCCUCCGCAUAGCCUAUCGAGACCAAAUCUACGUGCAUCCUUCACUCCCACAUCCCCUCCUAGCAGUGAUGAGCAUGGGCAGACUUCUCUCAGGACUCCAGAAGAGGGUGGCGUGCUUAAAUCUCCAGCUUCCACUGCCAGCUUCAUCUUCUCCAGGAGCUCUAAGAAAGUUGUCAUUGAAACCUCGGUAUCCCCGGAGGCUCAGACGGAUCUCAAGAGGAACCUGGUAGCUGAGCUGAUGUCCACGUCUCAGAAGAAAACAGGCAAGGUUCCACCGCCCGUGGCCAAAAAGCCAACACACAUUCCAAGCAGCCCGUCACCACAGGGAGCACCGCUGAGUCCUUUGAUGAAGAUGGCAGGCCCCUUGAAGGAGCAGCAUGCUGUUUCCCCCACGCAAGGAGGGCAAGGAGGGUCCGAGAGUAGUGUGGCAGCAGACUCCACACCUGCUCCAACGGGGCCGGCAGGGACUGUGCAACUGGCGGGCCAGCAAGCACAACCAAAGGAGGGCAUUGCAUUAAAAAGCAAUCAUGAAACUGGAGUCACAGAGGCGGUAACUUCAUGAAAGACCAUGAAGAAAAUCCAGCUUUUAUUAUUGGACUGACUAAUCAGAAAUCGGUAGUAUUCUCUCAGGAACCUGGGCAGGUCAAAGGUCAAGACAGAGAGAGAGCGCGAUUUGGAGCUACUCAAAGGGAGAACACUCUUAAACUAUUGUAAGCCUUAGCCUCUUAAUGGCCUUGAUAUUUAUGCAAAAAAAUGGUGUUGGUCUUUAAUUUCUAUAAUGUAAUAGCUUUAUUUUGGAGUAUUUUUUUUUUUUUAAAUCAUAAAGGCUUUGCAAAUCCAUGAAGCUUUAAACAAGGUAACUUUGGAAGAUGGACGUCUUGUUUAGAAAAUUAGACUCACGCUUGACUGGAGAGGAAAUUGCACCACCUGCUGGUCUAGAUGGGUAGAAACCAGCGCUUGGAAAAUAAAGAAAGCUCUGUUAUUCUACCUGCGAUAGUUAAGGGUCUUUCAUUGAAAAAGUCUUAAUGGUUGAGCGACACUUUCACGUGCAUAAUAUAGUGAAGAUUUAUUUUUAUAACACGGUGAAAAUAUGCACUAUUCCUUUUUGGGGGGUGUAGUUGAAUAUUAUUAUUAUAAUAAAAAAUAUAUAUAUAUAUAUAUAUAUAUAUAUAUAUAUAUAUAUAUAUAUAUAUAUAUAUAUAAUAAAACCCAAAUUCCAGAUUAAGAAUGUCAAUAAAAUAUCAAUUUAAUACAUUUCUUACGGACCUGGUGCAAAAUAAUCCCCAACAAAUAUGCAAAUAACAUUUUAAAAAAGCAUUGACUUUUUUUUUCUUUUUCUAGUGUACAUUGAAAACUGAAAUUUAAACUGUUGUUUUUAUUUCUUUCUUUUUUGUGGUGGAACAGUAUGCUGUGCUCGACCAAAAGGGAUACUGCAUCUUUAAAGUAGAACUAUAAUAGAAAACUGUCGAUCAAUAAAGCACUUUGUAAGGUUGCUGAAAACGCAUGCUGUGGUACCCAUGCACAGUAUAGGGAUCUGCACACUGGCGUUUAAUGCAUUCAAUAAACCUACAACAGAAAUCCAGCUGCUUCUGAGUUAAGCACCAAGGCAGAACUACAGGGGAUACACUCUUCCCAGAUCUGUGGUCAUUCCCAUAUUUUAAAUGAAUUCCCUACAUUUCUAAUGGGAUUAUCUGGGGUGUUUUUUGGUUUUUGUUUUAUUUAUAUGUCGUACUCUUAAUUGUAUCCCGAAACACCUGAACAUCCAACCCUGAUGCCCCUGACGGGUGGGGUUUGAAUUCUGAGCUGAUAAUAUUGUCCAGUCUAUGGGACACUCAACUUCUACCUUGUGUGUUUAAACUAUUAGCUACCUGUUGUGGCUCGCAGCGUCCGACAGACUUGUGUAAUUGUACAGGGUAGGGUUUGGCUGUGCUGGUCCCACUAAAACACAGGUUUAGCUGAAGUAUCUCUGCCUUGGACUUUUCUGUUUUAAUAACGCUGUGUACUAACAAAAAGGCUUUACUAAUACUGGUACCUGAAGAGGAGAGACAUUGAAGUCACACCAGAGAUCAACGUAAAACCACUUCUGUCUUUCUUCAAAACACAACUCGAGUACCAGAGAGUUUGUAUGUUAUCCCCUUCCGCCACGUUUUCCAAGGCAAAGUAUUACUGGUGCAAUUCAGGCUAGGGAGGGUUAGGAUCUGUCUAAGUUCGGCUGUUUUUUGUUUGUUUUUUUCCCCCAGAUCUGUUUAAGAAUAAGCAAUAUUGUUAAAAAAAGCCAGUUUUGCACAGCUUGCCAAACCCCUGGUAAAUACACUGUACUGUUGUCCUCCAUACUCCAGAUUCCUAACUGGGAGUGUGGCCACUAAGAUCAAACUAACACUGGAGCUAAACUGUAAGCAUUUGGUUUAUAUAUUCGUAGCAGCCUUGACGGUUUAGAUGAAUCCUCCUAGCAAAUUAAGCUUAUACUUUACCUCUAGUGAUCCGGACAGGCUUAGCUGGAGUGAAGGGUCUGCACACUCCAGCAAUGCAUCUCUAUCCCCUGGAUUACAUUUCAAUUAUAAUGCUAUCUUUAUAACAACUUUUAAAAAAGUACCAAAAAAACAAUGCAUGAUGAGUUUGAGGUAUUGUAUAAAGCAAUUGCACACAGUGAUCACGGUAUCUGGCUACAAUACACUGUAUUUAAAAUGUAUUCCUAGGGGCUGUGGAUAGAGAAAGUGAAAGGGGAUUUAGCCCGGAGGGCUGCGUGUGUGCACAAAGAAUGCAUUAAAACAGGUGCUGCUUCUUAAUGGGGUCAAUAGCUGUGCGACUAAAUUAGUUUCAAAUUCAUUCCACAUCGAUUUCAUAUGAAAGUCUGAUUUGUCCUGAACCGGCUCUGAGUGUGAGGAGUCGUCGUAUGAUGUAAGCUUUACAGCGGUACUUUGCAAAAUAAAAUAAAUAAAUAAUAAAAUUAGAAAAAGUAGUGCUGAAUUAAAGAUACUUCUAUGGGGGACUGGGUUACUGCCUCUUGUGUGUAUAAAUCUAGAUUCUAUACAGAGCAUACCUUCUCUAUGUUAAGUAUUCAUUUCAGGCAUAGUUCUGCUUCGUGUGUAAUAUAUUCUGUAUAGGUCUUUCCACUGAAAUGGAAAGCAGCACAUUGAUGAUUUAAGGUGACUGACUUCUUUUUUUAUUAUAAUUUUUUUUUUUUUUUUUGUAAAUGGGGACAGUUCAGUUUUUCAACUUGCUUAAAACUGUAACACCUUCUGCCUUGAAAAGCCAAAUUAAUGUACAGUUCCUAUGUCUUUGUUUAAAAAGUUUAAAUAAAAGCGCCUUAGACCACUUGAAA